AUGUCCCUAAGUCAUGAACUGAUCGAUGCAGGCCGGACGAACAUGCCAGUUCAAGAUGUUAGACAAGAUGUGCUCCUCUUAACUGCAUUCAAUAAAAUACUAUGGAAAUGUUUAGAUAGUGNUGGUGUGAUAUCUGAGACCGAUCUAAUGUCUGAAGAUGAAGCAGAUAUUCAGAUCGGUCUUUCAGAUCAAGGUGUCACUGCUGUCCGACGUAUCUGCAUUCAUCGAGACGGAUAUCUGCACUGCCCCGUUCGUCCCUACAUUCCAAAUCCGCUGCGUUGCUUCAAAUGCCAGCGGUUUGGACAUUCACGAACAUCUUGUCGAGGCAAAAGCAUAUGUGCACAGUGUGGGAUGGAAGACCACAACAGCACUGAAUGUAAAAGUACACCAUGCUGUGUGAACUGUAAAGAUGCCCAUCCUUCCUACUCCUGA